AACCGGCCGUUACCUAGCCGUCGCAUUUCAUAGCGGCCGUCGAUUUGAAUGAAGAAAGGGAGGGAAGUGUUUGUUAGCAGUUACAGAAGACUUGAGCAAACACCAAACCUUGUUCAGAGAAGCAUGCCACAUUCUGAUUCGUCAAACCGAUACUCUUUCAACCCCACUCUGCACUGGAACCCUCAAGUUCAUCAAUACUUCCUCAAUGCUUAUGGCGCCGAACGCUUCUCUCGCAUUUCCACCGCGUUAACGCGACCUUCUCGUUACUCGUGCAUUCGUGUGAACACGCUCAGGUCAACCAGCGAUGCGGUUAUCGAGAAGCUUCGAUUGCUUGUGAAGGAGUCGUCGAACGGUGAUAGCAAUGAGGUGAAUCCUUUGAAGGAACGUUUGGAUGGUGAUGCUGGUCCUUUGUCCAAGUGUCAGAUUCCUGGACUUGAUUAUGUGUUGUUUGUUUGGGGUUCGGGACCGCACUGCAUUGAUUACGGUAAUGCGAUUCCGAAGGAGGUUAUUGUUAGUAGGAAGUGUGCUGAGGCAGUUCUUCGGGGUGCUCAGGUGUAUGUUCCUGGUGUAAUGGCUUGCAGCGCUCAUGUUGAGAAAGGAGAUACAGUCGCUGUUUCGGUUGCUGUGGAGCAGCAGGGUGCUGAUGGGGGAUGGAGUAUUGGCAUGACACGUGGCACUGUUCUCCAAGGGUCGCAGUUAGAUCCUUAUUAUGUUGAACGACAUGGCCUUUAUAUUGGGCAAGGGACAGCAAUGAUGUCAAGGGCUGGAAUGUUCCGAGUUUCUGAAGGAGUUGGUGUGGAUAUGAAGGAUAGAGUAUAUGAACUUCAUUCUUUUCACAAUGUGCUUGAGGGGGAAAUAUUUCUUCAAAAUCUGCCAAGCAUCAUUGCUGCUCAUGCUCUAGAUCCAAAAAUGGGUGAGCGGAUACUAGACAUGUGUGCUGCACCUGGGGGGAAAACAACUGCAAUUGCAAUACUUAUGAAGGAUGAAGGAGAGAUCAUUGCAACAGAUAGAUCUCAUAAUAAGGUGCUGGAUAUUCAAAAAUUGGCAGCUGAAAUGGGCUUGAGUUGUAUAAAGACAUUUAAAUUAGAUGCUCUUAAAUCUGUUUGUCGAAGAAAUGAUGUUGAUGCAUUUACUGACCCAUGCCGUAGUAAUGCCAAAAAUGAUGUGACAAAUCAAGCUGUUGAUUCACCAAAUUUGCAAGUAGAAAGAAUGUUACCCCUUGUGACAGAAGGAUUAAAAUCUGUGACUCUGGAGGAAAAUGGUAACGGUGAAAAGACAAAUGGAAAAGCUUAUGUCAGCAAAGCUGACAUCCGGAAGACCAUGCGAAGAGCACGAAAUGGACCUGGAAGAAAUCAGCGUGUGGGUGGUAGGGUUGAUAGUUCAAAAGGUUUUUCUCCUGACAGUUUUGAUAGAGUUCUUCUUGAUGCUCCCUGUUCUGCCCUUGGUUUAAGGCCUCGAUUAUUUGCUGGAGAGGAAACAGUUGAAUCUUUAAGAAACCAUGCAAAAUACCAGAGAAGGAUGUUUGACCAGGCUGUUCAAUUAGUUCGACCUGGAGGAGUAAUUGUCUAUUCCACUUGUACGAUUAAUCCUGGUGAGAAUGAAGCAUUAGUUCGAUAUGCUUUGGAUAAAUACAAAUAUCUAUCAUUGGCCCCACAGCACCCCAGAGUUGGAGGACCGGGUCUAGUUGGUAGCUGCGAAUUUCCUGAUGGAUAUGUAGAGGAGUGGUUACGACCUGGGGAAGAAGACCUUGUUCAGAGGUUUGAUCCAUCAUCUCCCCUUGAUACAAUUGGAUUUUUCAUCGCCAAAUUUCUUGUCGGGUCUAAAGAUACCUGACAGCUAUUCGAGAGAUGGUUAGCUUGGAUCUAUGUUUACUUCAUGAUUGCCACUGAAGGAAGCCAUUAGAGUUUUUUAUGAUUGGCUUCUAACGACAAUCUGGGAGCUUCGCAUAUGUCCAUUUGAAAAGUACAUUAAUGAAUUACGAAAGCAUGAGUAUGUAUGACUGUUUCAUAUUCAUGUUAUAAUCUAGACGAACAGCGAAUUUGUUUAAUUUGAGGUAAUUUACUUGUAACUUCGGGUUUUACCUUAUGGAAGAGAGAAGUAGUUGUUUAAGAUACUUUAGGUUAGGCUCGAGUCUGCUUCCAAAAUAUUAUGGUUUUGGUGAUCUUAUGGAGCGGUGAAGUCACUGCAGUGAAUGCGUCCCGUACGCAUGUGAUAGUUUAAACAUUUUAGCGCACUUAUUGUAGCCCCUAGUUGAAGCUCCUAUUUGAAGCUCCUACAUUAUUAAGAUAUG